AUGCGCCUGAGCCUGUUCUCGGCCUCCUACCGAUCCAUAGUCGGCAAUUUCUACCGACCACGACGAUCAUACUACCUGCCUCACGUCUCGGCCUUCCCCCUGUUUAAACGCACCCACAGCGUUCUUUGCGCCAUGUCCGACGACGAGCUUCCGGGCCUCGAUGCCACGCCGGCCAACGGCCAGAGAAUCAAGCACGACAACGUGAUCUAUACCACAGUGAAGGAAGGGCUCGCGCAUAUUCUCGUCCCCGAACAGAAAGAUGUCAAGGAUGGCCAGGAGGUGCAACAGGUCUUUUACAACCCAAUCCAGCAAUUCAACCGAGACUUGACAGUUCUGGCGAUGAAGGCAUAUGGAAAGGAAAAGGUGAAGCAGAAGAAAGUCGCGAGCGAAGCAAGGAGUGGCAAGUUUGCCGAGAAGAAGAGAAAACGAAAGGAGCAGACGCAGAGCGAACGGCCUGCAAAGUCUCCUAAACUCGGUGAUGAUGCUGGCGCCGAGGAGGCUGUCGACGAGUCUGCAGUUGCGCCAGCGGACACUGAGAUGCCGGAUGCGAAGGAGCCGGAGCCCGCAAUCCCCGAACAAGAUAAGGAACUGGGGGCUCAGCCAAGCAAUGGUGCUGAUGCUGCGAAAGAGAAGAAGAGCUCUGGCGUGGAAUUCACAAUAUUGGACGCUUUGUCUGCCAGCGGCCUUCGUGCUUUGCGCUAUGCCCACGAAAUCCCAUUCCUCACCAAAGUAACCUCGAAUGAUCUCUUGAAGGUGGCCACCGAGUCAAUCCAGCGCAAUGCCAUCCACAAUGGCUUGGCUGACAAGAUCAGUGUUUCCCACGACGAUGCCCUUGCUCAUAUGUACUCGGUGGUUGUCGACGAGCUUCGCAAGCGCAGUGGGCGUGCUGGGAAGGCGAUUAUUGCCAGCAACAAGUACGACGUUAUCGAUCUUGACCCUUAUGGAAGCGCUGCUCCGUUCCUUGAUGCCGCUGUUCAAGCUAUCAGGGACGAUGGUGGGCUGCUUUGCGUCACCUGCACAGAUUCUGGCGUUUGGGCCUCCAAUGGCUAUCCUGAAAAAUGCUACGCGUUAUACGGCGGUGUUCCGGUGAAGGGUUGGUACAGUCAUGAGGUUGGGCUUCGUAUUGUCCUGCAUUCUAUCGAGACCGCCGCAGCCAAGUACGGCCUCGCAAUCGAGCCGCUCCUCUCACUAUCAGUCGACUACUACAUGAGAGUGUUUGUUCGCGUGACUAGGUCGCCAGCUAUGGUCAAGUUCCAGGGAGGCAAGAAUAUGGUGGUUUAUAGUUGUGGUGGAGGAUGCGGUUCCUGGACCACCCAGCUUCUCAUGAAGAAUAAGCCAGCACCAAACAAGAAGGGAAGCGGCAUUUUCUACAAGCACGGGUUUACGAAAGCGCCCACAGCGCCACCCCUUUGCGAUCACUGUGGCUCGGUUACCCAUCUUGCAGGGCCGAUGUAUGCAGGCCGGAUCCAUGACCCUGAGUUCGUUCAAAAGGUCAUCGACGAGGCCAACGAGGCCUCACCCGAAAUUUAUGGAACACUCCCUAGAGUGAAGGGUAUGCUGUACACAGCACUCGAGGAGUUCUUGCCGACUCCCCAAGAAGUCGAAGCUCAAAAGGACAGCGGCAAAUUGGGCAAGGUGGUCAAGAAGAAGGUUACGGAAGCUGAGCUGGCUGCCAUUGACCCUUAUCCUUUCUACUUCUACCCUGCACAGGUGGCAGGCCUCAUGAACUGCCAAAGCCCCCCAGAAGCACAUUUGAAGGGCGCUCUUAAAGGUCUCGGGUAUCGCGUUACUCGAAGCCAUUGCAAGGCUGGCAGCAUCAAGACCGAUGCGCCAUGGUCAGUCAUCUUCCACGUCUUUCGAGAAUGGGUCCGUCAAAAGGCACCUGUCAAGGAAGCCAAUAUCAAGGAGGGAAGUCUUGCCUGGAGACUUUUGCGCUUGGGGGAGAAGCAGGAGACAACCGAAGGGGCCCCGCCGGAACCAACGAAAGUGGACGAGGCGGUUUCCAAGAUCACCGAGGUGGUCUUCGAUGAGGAACUGGGCCGCGAGGAGAAUAAGCAGAAGCUUGUGCGAUACCAAAUGAAUCCGAAGGAGAACUGGGGCCCGAUGAGCCGAGCCACUGGAAAGUGA